UGAGGAGGUUAGUCCCUGCCUCACCUUGGGGAUGAACAUUCAGCUGAAGCCAUAGAGCCCCCUUGGUGCACAGCCUUAACUCUUCACUGGAGUCCAUAGUGCAGGCUGGCUAAGCCAAGCCAUGCUCAACUUUUGGGCUCUUAAUGUCCAAUGGCUGGAUAUGAAAAGAGGCAGCAACAAAAACCCCUCCUAGUUAGGCCAACUGCUGAUACUAAGCCUAUGAAAUCCAGCAAGGAGCUCUGGUACCAACCUGAUGCCAGUGCACUUCCCCAGACAGGACCAGAAGACUCCUAGUUCUAGGCUGAGCUGGCAGGCUGUUGUCAACCCAGUUCUUCUACUACCCUAGAUCUCUCUUGCCCUCUCUGGAGCACAGAAGCUACUAGAUGGAAAGUGGAGCUGACCACGAGGCCAUAAGAGCAUGACUGUUUCUCAGACCUGAAGACUGGGGUGCUUCUUGCCAGCCAUCAUGAGGAAGCCACAAGCAGGUGCAGGAAGUGGUCGCAGGAAGCAAGCAGCCAGCCAGGAGGGAAGGGAGCAACAUUCCCGCAGAAGCAGGCAGGCCAAGCCGCUUGCCCCUGAUGGCCUAGCUGGACAGCAGGAAGAGGAAGUAUCACAGGCCCCCAUAUCCCCAUACCAUCUAUUCAGAGACACAGCUGAAAUCAUAGCCUUCCGGGGAAGCCUGCUGAGCUGGUAUGACCGGGAGAAGCGGGACCUACCCUGGAGAAGACGAGCAGAGGAUGAGGUGGACCUGAACAGGCGGGCAUAUGCUGUGUGGGUGUCAGAGGUUAUGCUGCAGCAGACCCAGGUUGCCACAGUGAUCAACUACUAUACCCGAUGGAUGCAGAAGUGGCCAACACUGCAGGACCUAGCCAGUGCUUCCCUGGAGGAGGUGAACCAGCUCUGGGCUGGCCUGGGCUACUAUUCUCGAGGCCGUCGGCUACAAGAAGGAGCCCAAAAGGUGGUAGAAGAGCUAGGGGGCCACAUGCCAUGUACAGCAGAGACCCUGCAGAAGCUCCUGCCUGGUGUGGGGCGGUACACAGCUGGGGCCAUUGCUUCUAUUGCCUUUGGCCAGGCAGCUGGUGUGGUGGAUGGGAACGUAGUACGGGUGCUCUGCCGUGUCCGAGCCGUUGGUGCUGAUCCCAGCAGCACCCUUGUCUCUCAGCAGCUCUGGAGCCUAGCCCAGCAGCUGGUGGACCCAGCCCGGCCAGGGGACUUUAAUCAAGCAGCCAUGGAACUGGGGGCCACAGUGUGCACCCCACAGCACCCUCUCUGCAGCAGCUGCCCUGUGCAGAGCCUGUGUCGGGCACACCAGAGGGUGAUGCGAGAGCAGCUCUCAGCCUCACAGAGCCCACCAGGCAUUCCUGACGUGGAGGAGUGCGCUCCCAACACUGGACGGUGCCAGCUGUGCCUGCCUCACACAGAAUCCUGGAACCAUACCCUGGGAGUGACCAACUUUCCCCGAAAGCCCAGCCGAAGGCCCCCCAGGGAGGAGAGCUCUGCCACCUGCAUUCUGGAACAGCCCAGAGCCCCUGGGGGUGCCCGAGUUCUGCUGGUGCAGAGGCCCAGCUCAGGUCUGCUGGCAGGACUGUGGGAAUUCCCAACCGUGAGCCUGGAGCCCUCCGGACAGCAUCCCAGCAAGGCUCUGCUGCAGGAACUACAGAAUUGGGCUGGGCCCCUCCCAGCCACCUACCUCCAGCACCUUGGGGAAGUGGUCCACACCUUCUCUCACAUCAAGCUGACCUAUCAAGUAUACGGCCUGGUCCUGGAAGGGCAGACCUCAGUGACCGCUGCACCACCUGGCGCUCGCUGGCUUACCCGGGAAGAAUUUCACACUGCAGCCGUCUCCACUGCCAUGAAAAAGGUGUUCCGUGUGUAUGAGGCCCAUCAGCCUGGGACCUGCAGGGGUUUCAAAAGGUCCCAGGUGUCUACUCCAUCCACCCGGAAAAAGCCCAGCAGGGGCCAGCAAGUCCUGGAUAAUUACUUCCAGCCUGUUAGCAGCACAGCCCAGUAAUGCCUCUGGAAUCCUACUGAACCCUACCUCUGAGAAUCCUGUGGUUUAAUAAAGUGCUUAUUUUUGUA